AUGACCACCCUUUCGCCUGCUACCACCUUCUGCUCGCAGAGCACAUCCUCCAAACUCAGCAGCAUGCCUCUCAGACUCAAGCGAUUCACCUCGAAGAAAGAGCCUAAGUCAUCAUUAUCAUCGUCACGAUCCCUCUCCUCCAGGAUAUCCCCAGCAACGCCGGUCGCAGCAAACAGCAAGACAACAAACCCGUUUCCCGUGACAACGCCUACCAGACGACCAAAAAAUCUCGACGAGGCAGCACCACCAGCAUACUCACCACCCACCAAUUCCGCAGUGAAAACUGCUCCCAUUCUGUCAAAUGAGGAUUCUCCGUACUCCUUUCUCGAGCAAUUCGACACCGUAUUCCUCAUCGAUGACAGCGGUAGCAUGGCAGGCAGAAGUUGGCGUGAAACCGCCGCUGCCCUGACUGCAAUCACUCCUAUCUGUACAGAUCAUGACUCCGACGGAAUUGACAUCUACUUUCUGAAUCAUCGCAAUCGACGGGAUUCCACUGGCGCAUAUAGAAACAUUUCCGCAACCGUUGGUGUUGAAAGCAUCUUCAACUCCGUUCGACCCCUUGGUGGCACCCCCACCGGCACACGUCUACAACACAUUCUCAAGCCAUACCUUGCGCAAGUCGAGGAUAUGAUUGAACGCCAAGCCCAGGGCCAAGAAGUCACCGUGAAGCCACUAAACAUCAUUGUCAUCACAGACGGUGUUGCCAGUGACGAUGUUGAAUCUGUCAUUGUUCAGGCAGCGAGAAAGCUUGACGCAUGGGGGGCAGAGCCAUGGCAGAUUGGCAUCCAAUUCUUUCAGGUCGGAAGAGAACCAGAUGCAGCCGAAGAUCUACAGGACCUGGACGACGCUCUGUCGACUACACACGACAUACGAGACAUUGUUGACACAGUUCCAUGGACAGGGGACGACGGACAGAUACUUACCGGUGCCGGCAUUCUUAAGGUUGUACUCGGUAGUGUCAACCGCAAACUUGAUCGCCGACGAGGAUCUGAUGAGAGGUUGAGAAAAUGA